AUGCUUGAUGAAUUUUAGGGGUAUUUGGAACCAAUUCAAAAUAAAAACUUCUUAGAUUAUUGUUUCUGUUUUAUUAUGGGGAUUUUGAUUUUAGCAUUAUUUAUUUAUCAUUGGAAAACGAAAAAUGAUAUUGGGUCCUUAUAUAGCCUUAUAAACAAAUCAAUUCCCUAGAAAAUAGAAUAAACUAAUUAAACUAAUUUGAACACAAAGAAUGGGCACAGAAAUAUAUAAGAUGAUAAAAAAAAUAAUAUUCAGAACUAAAAAAAUAGUUCUAUAUAAAAGAAAGAAAUUAAGGAAAUAGAAGAUAAAAUCAAGGAUAAUAACAUGUAAUAAAUAGAAAAGAAGAUAAGUUCGUUGAAAAAAUAAUUAGAAGAUAUAAUUAAUUAGAAUAAAAAGCUAAAUGAAGAGUUAGAUAAUUUGAAAUAAAAAGAAAUCCAAAAUCUUCAAAAGUAGUCAAAUGAAAUACAAUAAGAAGUAAAUUAGAUGAAGUAACAAAUAGAUAUGUAAAUCAACAAUAAAUAAUUACAAUAAGUGGGAGUUUAACAAAAAAUCGAUAAUUUAACAACUCAGCAAGAUUAAUUUUAUAUAGAUAUUAAUCAAAUAAAAGAGAAACUAAACAAUUAAUUUCAUCAGCCUGAGAUCUUAAAAAUAAUAAAUGAAUAAAUAAAAAUUUAAAAAGAUAUUACAGAAAUUUAGGGCGAAGUAAAACAACAUAAAUAAAGUAUUUAAAAAUUAGAAAAUGACAACAAAGAUUCACUGCCAUAACCCUUACAAUCAUUACAACCACCAAAACCACCAUAACCACCGUAACCACCAUAACAACCACAACCAUUACAACCACCAGAACCACCACAACCAUUACAACCACCAUAACCACAACAACCACAACAACCACAACAACCACCAUAACCACCAUAACCACCACAACCAUUACAACCACCACAACCACCACAACCACCAUAACCACUAUAACCACAACAACCACCAUAACCAUUACAACCACCAUAACCACCAUAACCAUUACAACCACAACAACCACCAUAACCACCAUAACCACCAUAACCAUUACAACCACAACAACUACCAAACCCAACCCCACCAUAACCACCGUAACCCCCAUAACAACCACAACCAUUACAACCACCAUAACCACCGUAACCACCAUAACAACCACAACCCUUACAAUCAUUACAACCAUCACAACCACCAUAACCACCAUAACCACUACCCAAUAAUUAAACGAUUGUAUCAAAUCUUUAUAAUUUAACUUCCAAAACACGAUAAGUUUAACAAUAAUACAGAGCUUUUGUUGGUGAUUUUAUGGAUUAAAAUGCAUUGAUUACAGAAUAUGGAAUGAAAAAAAAAGAAAAUAAGGAUAAAUUAAAAGAACAUCUAAUUGGAAUGAGAAAUGCAAGAGGAGAUGGAAAUUGUUUUUAUACAUCUUUUGUGUUCUAAUAUUUAGAUUUUAUGAUAAAUACAACAGACCAAUAAUUUUAAGAACUCAUUCAAUAAAUAAAUAUGCUGAAAUUUUAAGUUACAUUUUAACGAUAAAAUUUUAAUUAAUCUGAGUUUAAUGAAUUGCAAAAGAAAUUUAAAGCAAUGUGCGAAUAUCUUAGAAAAUAAAAAAUAGAGAAUAGAAUUUAAUAAUUUUAUGACUAUUUUAAAGAUGACGAUAAUGAAUUUUAUGGUUUAUCAAUAAUAUUCUUAAGAAAUUUAGCCUAUAAGUUUUGUAUUGAAGAUGAAUUGAUAUCAAGUUUGUUUGUAGCAUAAGGACUAGAUCUAGAAUAGUAACUAUUAGAAUGGGAAUAUGAUUGCGAAUAUAAUGAGGGUGUAAUAAACUUGUUAAGUGAAAAGUUAAACAUGUAAAUUUAUCAAUACAUAUUUAGAUCUACUAUGUAAUUUAUAUGCGAUUCUAAAACCAACUCUAUCAAAAUAAUAAACUUCAAUUAAGACCAAAACACUAAGCUAUCAAUAUAUUUGUUGUUUCGACCUGGGCACUAUAACAUUGGAGUUCCCAAAUAGCAUUGA